AUUCUACAACAAGGACUAUCUGUAUAGGCGGGACGGACUGCAUUUAAAUAACAAGGGAACAAACCUACUCGGAGAAAGGAUCCUUGAGGAGGUUCAGAAGCAUUUAAACAAGAAAGGAAGGGGGAGAAAUCAACAAAAAAACAGAAGGGAGACCGCAUCAAAACAAGGACAACUCAGGAUAUCCCAGAUGUUGCCACAGAGAUUCUGUCAGCGUUGGGGGCGGAAUUUCCUGUCUGCACCCACCCGCUGGGCAGGAAGUGACCUUGGUGCGGGGAGCUAUGAUGUCAUCGUGGUGGGCGGAGGCCAUGCCGGAACAGAGGCUGCUGCUGCAGCAGCGAGAGUGGGGGCGGAGACUCUGCUGAUCACACAGCGAAUCAGCACCAUCGGUGCCCUGUCCUGUAACCCCUCAUUCGGGGGGGUAGGGAAGGGACACCUCCUCCGGGAGCUGGAUGCUCUGGACGGGCUGGCGGCUCGGCUGAGCGAUCGGGCCGGUGUCCACUUCAAGGUUCUGAACCGGAGCAAAGGCCCGGCGGUGUGGGGGCUGAGAGCACAAGUGGACCGAGACCAGUACCGGCAAUACAUGCAGAGUGAGAUCUUGAGCACUCCACGGCUGACGGUUCAAGAGGGCUCUGUUGAGGAUCUGAUUGUGCAGGAGCCUGACCCAGCGAAGCCUGGCAUCGCAAGAGUGAGAGGAGUGAGACUGGGUGACGGUGGUAUAGUCCACUGUAAGGCCCUCAUUCUCACCACUGGUACCUUCCUGUCUGGGUCCCUGGGCUGGGGCACCGUGUCUAUUCCAGGGGGGAGGCUGGGGGAGCCUCCCUCUCUUGGGCUCUCCCGCUCCCUCUCAGAUCUGGGGUUCAGGAAGGGGCGCUUGAAGACGGGGACUCCACCCAGGAUCAGAAGGGAGAGCGUGGAAUUCAGCAGAUUGGAGAGACACGAGGGGGACCCCAAACCUGUACCCUUCAGCUUCCUGAACCAGCGAGUCAGCAUCAAGCCGGAGGAUCAGCUGCCCUGCUUCCUGACUUACACUGGGCCUGGAGUCGAGAGAAUCAUCAGAGAGACUCUGCACCUGAACCAGCACGUACUGGAAACCAGCAAGGGGCCCCGGUACUGCCCUUCUAUCGAGUCGAAGGUGCUCCGUUUCCCUGGACGGGCUCACCAGGUGUGGCUCGAACCUGAGGGCUUGAACUCGGAUCUCAUCUACCCCCAGGGCCUGUCCAUGACUCUGCCUGCUGAGCUACAGAGAGACCUGAUCAGAGAGAUUCCGGGACUGGAGAGGGCAGAGAUACACUCGCCAGGAUAUGGUGUUCAGUAUGACUUCCUGGACCCCCGUCAGCUCCACCCCUCUCUGGAGACACACAGAGUGCAGGGUUUGUUCCUAGCUGGGCAGAUCAAUGGCACCACCGGUUAUGAGGAGGCUGCCGCUCAGGGUAUCAUUGCUGGUAUCAAUGCCUCGCUCUCCUCCCUCUCGCUCCCUCGUUUCACGCUCAGUCGGACAGAAUGUUACCUGGGUGUUCUCAUCGAUGACCUCACAUCGCUCGGGGUGACGGAACCGUACCGCAUGUUCACGAGCCGGGCCGAGUUCAGAACCACGCUGAGACCCGACAACGCCGACCAGAGGCUGACAGAGAAAGGUUUCUCAGAAGCUCGCUGUGUCUCCCCCCAACGGUUCUCACAGUUUCAAUGUGUGUCUAUCAGGCUGCAUGAGGCCCUGUCUGUUCUGAGGUCUGUCCGUCUGUCCGCUCAUCGCUGGAGAUGUGAGCUGCCUCACGCGCAGAUCAGCAAGGAGCGCAGCGGGCUGAUCAGUGCAUUUGAGUUGCUGCAGUAUCAAGGUGUUACCAUGGAAACACUAUCCUCCAUCUUCCCUCAAUCCUUAGCCACUUUCCUGGACCUUGCAGACAGACUCAAGAUUGAAGCUCUCUACCUCCCUCACUCCGUGCUGCAGAAGGAGGAGAUGGCUCUGGUUCGCAGGGAGGAGUCUCUGCGGCUGCCCCCAGGUCUGCACUACCCCUCCCUGCCCAUCUCCCUGUCCAGCGAGGCCAGAGAGGUGCUGCAGGAGAGCCAGCCACAGACUCUGGGUGCGGCCGGGAGGUUGCCAGGGGUUACACCAGCAGCCAUCGUGAAUCUGCUGCGGUACGUGAGGGACCAUGGGGAGCAAGGAAACGAGAUGGAAAGAGAGAGGGAGGACAGAGACUGCGCUUCAUAGACUGGAGCCUGACAGACACCCCCUUAUAUCCCCAGAAUCUGAUAUUCAAGAAAUUCAGCAAAACAAUGUUAAUACAAACUUUGAUGCCAAUGGGAUAAGCGGUUCAGUUAUAUAACCCUUUCCAAGGGUUCAAACACAUGUGGGAAGAUUCUGUUUUGCAGAUCAGCUCCUGUUUUCAUCACAGUACGAAGAUGGAAACGGAUCAUCUUCCCUUCUCUGGGUUUAAAGCUCGGUUUGCCAGUGCUUCUCCUCAGUCCACAUUAAGAGAUUCUCGUCUUAUUUAUUCUGCCCUUUGUGUGCUGCUGAUUAAGUUUGACCCACACGUGUUUUGACUGUGGUGGUUGGUUUUUAUGCAUUGCAAUUUUCUUUUUAUUGUGUAAAUGAGGCAUCUGUGUAAAAAACACCUGAGCCGUGUUUCAGUACAGGUUGCAUAAACUGUGUUUUGGUUUGAAACCUACACACACAUUCUGGAUUGAGACACAUUCUCAGCAAAAAAAAAAAAACGAUUUCAGAUCAAACAGGAAGAAAAAUACAUUGUUUCAAGUCUUUGUUGAGAGAAAGUGUUACAAUAAAAUGUGUAUAUAUGUAAAAAAAAAAA